AUGGCGAAAAUUAGUAACGGAAGCCGCGAUUUUGAAGAUCGAAAUGAAGAAGAGAGAGGCCCGAGGAUAAAUCGUGAAGUGAGUGGUAGUAUUCAUUCAAAAAUUGGUCGUGGAGGAAGGGAAAUACGCUCACGCGGAGAAGGAAGUAAUGGUGCACGAAGACGCGAAAAAAAAACAAAGGUCCGUAAAAUUGUUAGUAACGAAACUUCAACUGAACGAGUAAAUGUUUCACGUGUAGACACGAAGCAACCUACUGUUUCAGGAAAUUUGCGAGCAAAAUCUUUAGAGAAACCAUUUAUUAAAAUAAUCAAUGAAAAAGGUGUUUUCAAUCAAGAAUCUGUAUUAAAGAUUCUAAGUGACCUUCCUGGUCAUUUCGUUAUUGGUGUAUGUGGCCCUCAAGGAGUUGGUAAAUCAACCGUUAUAUCUACCUUAUGUCAAGAUCCACAAAAUGCAUUUACUACUCAAUCGAUCGAUACAUUGAAUUUUGCUAGUCAUGAAACUAUAGGAAUUGAUAUUCAUGUUACCCCUGAAAGAAUUAUUCUUCUUGACGCUCAGCCUCUCUUUAGUUUAUCAAUUCUUGAACAUGCGAUUAGAAAUGAUUUUAUUCCUGAUAACAUGUCACCCGAAUUAUGGCUUGAAUCACAGUAUCGAAUACCAGAAUUUCCUACUAUACCUUCCUUAAUGUCAGCAGAUUCUGGUGUUGAAUAUUAUCCUGAUAUAGAUUUUACCACUUCUAAAUUUAAGACACUUCAUAAUUUAUUAUCCAAAUUUUUUAAAGAUUCAAAUUUAAAAAUCUUUGGAUCGAUCUCAAUGUCAAAAUCGUUUUCAAUGUUUAAGCAUGAAAGUGACUUACCUUCUCCAAAUCUAUUCCUUUUGCCCUAUGAGAAUCAACCUCUUCGACUAAAGCAAGAAAGUGUUGGAUUAAAUUAUUUAAAUGCACCUGAUACUUUUUUCGUCAUGGCCGAGUCUUUGAGAAAUCAAAUAUUUCAAUUACCAAAGAGAGCUGGAAAAAAAGGCCAAGUUUCUGAAAAAGAAUGGUUUAAAAGUUCAAUGAAAAUUUGGGACAUGGUUCGUAAAUCAGAAUUCCUUUCAGAAUAUGGAAAACUUUCUCAGAAAGUAAAAGAGAUGUAA